AUGAACGUGUUAGACACGCACGAUGAAUGCUACCGACAUCGGAUUUGUCAGAAGGCCUUUCCCUGCAAUACUUGUUGGGAAUGGGAUGAUGAGAAACGGUCACUCGUGGAUAAAACGCUGGAGAAAGCCAGGUCAAAGCUUUCUUUUUCAUCAAGUGCCGUUAACCCUUCUGUGCAGGAGGCAGGCAAGAAACUUGAAACGGCAAAGCUGAGUGAAUUGGCGUCGCCGGCAAAGCAUGAAAAACUAUCGAAAGUUCGAACUGAUCAUAGUGCAGAUGAUCGUGAACCUCAAAGUACGGGAGUACAUUUUGAAGCAGUUGAAUUUAACAAAUUUAUAGCAGAUCAAGUGCAAAUGCAAUUGAAAAAGUUGUUACCACAGGAACAGACACAAGGCCUUAUUGCAAGUGAUGCAAUGCAUUCUUCCAUUGACUCGAAAUGUGAGAUUUCGGAGAGUCAAUUUUUGUCUAGGCCAAGGGCCCACUAUAGUAAAUUUGUGCCAUCCGAUGAUCAGAUUUCUGUUGUUUCCCAUGAAAUCGAGGAUGAAAUAAGUAUGGGUGGUUCAGCUAUUUCUGAUGAAAAUAAUAAUGAUGCCCACUCUCAGUCACAUUCUCAUGAAAAAGACUUUUCUCUGUUUAGUGAAGGAGCACCAGGAUCUACUGAUCCAAUUCAAUGGAAUAAUUUUCUCCAUAAAUUGACAACUAAAUUAAAAAUAGAUUGUUCAGAGGAAACUGAAACAGAAACAGUCAGAACUUCCUAUUUGCCUUCAAGACUGAACUCUGGCAAUUCAAAUAAAUCAGCUCAUUUGAAAUUACCUCUAGAGGGUACCACAGUUGAAGUUUUUAAGAAUUUGGAAAAGGAAGCCAUGUCUGGAAGACUCAAAAAUAGGUCCGUUCGUCUUAGAGAUGAUAAGGCCUUUAUGGUGUCGAAAACAGAUUUCACAGAAUUUUGUUCUCCUCCAAGGCUUGAUGAUAACAUAGAGGAGGGUUUGUCAUCUACUAUGGGAAAUAAAAGAAAAGGUUUUGUAGACCGUAAAAAGUUUUCACACUCUUUACCUUCCUUUCAUAAGGAAAUGGAUGCUGAAUUUAAGAAGGUUGACAACUCAGCUAGAACAUUGUUAAGAAGUGUUUCAUAUGGCUCUUUGAUAGCAAGCUAUAUUGAUGUUGCUGAUUCAGAGGAAGACAGGGUAGAAGCAUGUUCAGCUUUAGUAGCAUGUUUCAAAUCUAUGGCAGAUAUGACUUCACGUAUAGUUGCUAACUCUGUUAUAAACAGAGGGAACAUUUUCUUAAAAAAUGUUGAUUUCACUAGCAAAGCCACAUCAGCAAAAUUGUUGAAUUUACCUUUGAAUGGCGCACAAUUUUUUGGUGGUAAAUAUUUUGAUACUUUGCAUUCCUCAGCUGAAAAUAUAAGAGAUGCUAAAGAAACACAAAACGUUUAUCGUUCUUCAUUUGUUCCAGGAGGGCAACAAUUUGAUGACGGAUCUAGGAAAAGAAAAUCUCAAGAAACUUCUAAUGUAUCCUACAACAAACCUGCAAAAACAUCAAGAUAUGAUAAGCAGGAUUUUAAUGACCGUCGUGGCACUGACACUUCGUCUAAUUUUCGUGCCUUGCCAGCAAAACAAGGAGGAAAAGGAUUUUUUUUAUGGAAAAAUUCCUCCCAGAAAAAUUUCAAGAAAUAA